AUGGAUUCAAGUUUAGAACCUAAAAAGCCUUUAAUAUUAAGUCAAAAAAAGAAGCAACUAUUUUAAAAUUCACAAGAAGUUAAAGUGAAAAGCUAGAUUGAUAAUUUUAAUGAAAACAGUAGCUACUUAGGACCAUGUAACCUAGAAUUAUCCUAAGUGAUUAACGGGUCAUAGUCUUCACGCAUAUUAAAUAAAAUAAAUUCAUAAGCUAAUCUUUGUGAAUAAUUAGAAGAUGUCAAGGGAUAAAAAAUGGUUCAAAGCUAUCAAUACUAAAAAGUUGUAAUAGAUAGUCAUCGCUAUGAUUAAUUAUCAUUUUAAGAAGGAGCUAGUGUUAAUAAUCCAGAAUAAAGAUCAAUUUUUAAUAAUAAUGAAAUAUCACAAAUAAUACCUAGAAAUAGCAAUAAAUCUGGAUGUUCUUCAAUUUUUAAUCUCACAUAAGAAACUUUAGGGGAAGAUAAAAUAUUACUCAAGCAAUAACAAAACCAGGAUUUUGUCAAAAUAAACUCUAUGGAGGAUAGGCUAAAUAUUGCUGUUAAAUAACUUGAUAAUUUAUCUUAGAAGGUUAAAAUUUUAACAGAUAGUAACUUAAAGCUUUAAGAAUCUCUUCUAUAAUAGGAACAAAAGAUUUAAGAUUUAGAAAAAAUAAAAUCUGUUUUAGAAUAAAGUGUUUCUGUAUUAGAAUCUGAUAAUGUGAAAUUAGUUGAAGAAAUCAAAGUUAAAGCUACUGCUUUAGAAAGAUCAGAAUAAAUAUUUAAAGAAGAAAAUGAAAGACAUUACAGAGAUAAAUAUUUACAAUUGGAGGAAACACAGUCUUUGAUAAAUGAAAAAGACAAAGCGAUAGACAAUUUAAAUAAUUAAAUUGACUAAUUAUAAAGAGAGUUAUAAAUGGUUAAUUCUAAGAGUAUUUGUGCUUAUGAUAGCUCUUCUAAGAUUAUUAGUUCUGGAAAUUUUUAAUCUGUAGAUUUUUUGAAAUUAUAAAUUGCAGCUGAAAAAAAGCUACUUGAAAAUGAUAAAUUAUUAUUAGAAAAUGAAAAAACUGAGAUUAAAAAUGAGAAAGAUAAAAUAUAGUAAGAUAAAGAGCAUAUUGAAUAAAUGAUUGAAAGCCUUCAAGCUGAUAGAUAAUAAUUUGAAUAAUAAAAAAAAUAGUUUUAUCAAGAAUAAAAUAAAAUAGAAAAAGAAUUAAUUGAAUAAAGUUAGAAUUAAUUUGAUGAAAUACUGCUUAAAUAACAAAUAGAGAAAUUAAAUGAGAUUAUACUAAAUUAAUAAUAAAAUAUUUAAGAUUUAAAUUAGAAGGUUUAAAAAAGCUAGGACGAAAAUUAAAUUGAUUAAAACAAGUUAGAGGAAUAAAGUAAGUAAAAUAACUAGGCUAAUCAAAGAAUAUAAAUUUUAGAGUAGAAAUUAUAAUAAUUUUAACUGAAAGCUUAAACAAAAGAAGAAGAAAUAAAUUAAACAUUUCUUUAAAAUAAAGAAAAUGAAAUAAAAUUAAUUUAAUAUGAAGAUUUAAGAUAAGAAUAGUAAAAAUAAAUAAAUGAAUUAAAAUAAUAAAUUGAAUUACUUUCGAAGGCAAAUAGCUAAAUGAAAAUUGAACAUGAGUUAUCUUAAAAGGAUCACAAAUUAAAUUCAUUUCUUUAAGAAGAAAUAAUUGAGCUAAAAAAAUAAAAGCAAUAACUCGAGCUAAGCUAAUAUGAAAAUCUUUAAAAAGAGAUUCAAAAAAAUGAAAAAAUAUAAGAAGAAAUAAAUACAUUAAAAUAAAAUUUAUCAUAACAAACGAAUAAAGUUUAGUAAAUUACAAAAAACAAUUUUGAAUAUUAACUGAAAAUAGAAUAACUGUAAAUAUAGCUUUCUGAAAUUACUCAUUUGAAGAACAACUAGAAUGAAGUAAGUGAUUUAUGUGAUAAUAGCAUUUUACAGUCAAAAAAAGCAAACCACUUUUAAUUGUAAGAAUCUUUAAGUUUAUUCGAUAACAGCACUCAAAAUUUGGUUAAUUAACAAAAUUAAUCAAUUUAUUAAGCAAAAUAAGAGUGCAAGUGCUCUUAAUUAACCAAAUAAUCAUCAGAAAAGAUGGAAUUAAAAUUAAUUUAAAUAUAAAAUGAUUACAAAAGCUUGCUCUCUGAAAACGAAAAUUUGAUAUCAAAAUAGCAAGAUUUAUUAGACACAAUUUAGAAUCUAAAAAAUCAAAUCCGUCUUUUAAAUAUAAGUAAAGAAGAUCUAUAAAAGUAUUGUGACUCGCUAGAAUCGCAUUUAUCAUAAAGUUAACAAGAAUAUGAAAUUAGUUUGAAAUAGCUAGAAGAAUAGAAAGCUGUUUAAAUAAAUGCUCUCCAAUAAGAGCUAGAAGUAUACCAUAAAAAUAGUAGCAGUAAUAAUGUAUCUUCUUCCCUUAAAUCAGCUUGCAACAUCUUUAAGCAUUAUGCUUCUUAAAAAGAAAAUAUAUCAUAUCAAAGUAUAAGCAAGAAAGUAAAAUAGGUGUAAAGAGAGCCUUAUUCUCCUCAUUAAAGAUAAAAUGAAAGAAAUGAAUAAAACAUAAAUUAAAGCAAUAAUCAAAUGUCAAAAAGAAAGAAUUGUCAAUAAUCAGCAAGUCCUAUAAGCAAAAUACAAAUAUAAAGUGACAUGAAAGAUAGAGAAAGCCUAGCAAAUAAAUAAAGAAUUAGCUUUUAAAAUUAAAAAGUAGAAUCAUGCACUAAUAAAAAUGAAAAAGACUCAUUUGAUAGUAAACGCCUUCAGGUUAUAUGUGCAAAAACUAAUGUAAGUCCUUUGAGGACAAGUUUAAAUAUAACAAAUAUUAGAGAUACAUCAGUAAAUAAAAAAUAUUAUUGA